AUGGAUGGGCUGCGGAAAGUGCAAGCUGAGGCAGAGAAGGCAGCGAAGGGUCACCGGUGGUUGGCGUACGCCAAGGAGGCAUAUGAUCAGGCAAAGGGGGAGGAGGACCUUGCCAAGAAGCGGGCCUUGUUUCAAAAGUCCGGCCAGGGCUAUCAAGAAAGCCUAGCUUGCGUGGACCGGGAAGUUCACAAGCUUUACAAGAACUUGAGCAUCGUUCAUCUGCGCUUGGCCCAGUGCGCGGCGGAGGGCGAGGAUGCGAACGGUCUCAAGUACCACCUGAAAGAGGCCAUCGAGCACACUGGUCACCGUGCUCGGCUACUUGCAGAUGAUGGUUCAUGGGACCUUUUGUGCCGCAGACUUGCUAGCUAUCGCAUUUUGGCAGGAGUGCCCAAGUGCGGUAGCAUGGCAGCUGUAUGCGCGGCCUUCCUCUUCAAUAAGGCAGCCAGGAUCACUGAUGGGAGUAGCUAUGAUGAGCUGAUCCAAGCAUCUAAGCUUGGGCGACUGAAACAUGACAUCUCAGAGCUCCAAGUCUGGACGAAGGCUCGCCAGUAUUGGCUGAAGCCUGUCAGUGGCUCUCCAAGCCCGGCGCGUUCGACAACCCGCCGGUUGAUGAUUUGCCCAGCUUCGAAGACCUCCAGCAGCAAGUGA